CUUUUGGUUUCGACUGCUUCUGAUCCAUUUUCUUCUUCAUUUCAUUUUUCUGUUGUAUCUUGUUCGUCAUUUUUGAUUGCCUGUCUUUUCAUCAUGGCCACUGAAACUAGCAGUGCCCCCACUGCGCGACUCCAGAGAGUCGAUUCGCAGCCUGAGAACCCCUACGCGCAGCUGAUCGAGGAUCAGUCUAUCGCAAUUGUCCCUUCCUUCAAGCUUGAAUCCGGCGUUACGCUGUACAAUGUCCCGGUCGCUUAUACCACGCGGGGAACACUCUCCUCCACGGGCGAUAAUGUUUUGGUCAUUUGUCACGCUCUGAGUGGCAGUGCGGAUGUUGCGGACUGGUGGGGGCCUCUUCUCGGCGGUCCUGGUCAGGCAUUCGAUGUCUCUCGGUUCUUCGUGGUCUGUCUGAACAGUCUAGGUAGUCCGUACGGAAGUGCCAGUGCUGUGACUUACAAGGAUGGCAAGCCUGAAAAUGGCUACUACGGACCCGAGUUCCCCCUGACCACUGUCCGCGAUGACGUCAACAUCCACAAGCUUGUCUUGGAUGACCUUGGUGUCAAGCAGAUCGCUGCCGUCGUCGGCGGAUCCAUGGGUGGAAUGCUAACGUUGGAAUACUCCUUCUUUGGCAAAGACUAUGUGCGUGCUAUCGUGCCUAUUGCUACCUCAGCACGCCAUUCCGCUUGGUGCAUCAGCUGGGGUGAGGCUCAGAGACAGAGCAUCUACAGUGAUCCCAAAUAUGAUGACGGCUACUAUCCAUUCAAUGAUCCCCCUUCAACCGGUCUCGGAGCUGCUCGCAUGUCGGCACUUUUGACUUACCGCAGUCGCAACUCGUUUGAGUCACGAUUCGGUCGCAAUGUGCCUGACCCAUCUAAGAGGUUGAACAUCAACGGCGUUGAAAAGCAGCCCACUCCUCCCAACGAGCACUGGGCCAUUCACAAUGAUGGGCACCGUGGUGGUUCGACUUCGCGCUCCGAAAGCAGACAAGGCUCUCCAGCCCCCCAGUCCGAGGUCCAGUUCAUGGAUCCCCAGUUCUCAGGCACGAAGACCUUUGUCCCGGAGGACGAUGCGAAACCCAAGCUUACCCCAAGUGGUCGUCCUCGCCCACCUACCUACUUCUCUGCGCAGUCGUACCUCCGUUAUCAGGGUGACAAGUUUGUUAAGCGAUUUGAUGCCAACUGCUACAUCGCCAUGACUCGCAAACUUGACACCCACGAUGUUUCGCGCCACCGUGCCGACCCUGCCGCCGAGGAUACCGUGCUCGAGGCUUUGGGACGGGUGGAACAGCCCGCUCUAGUCCUGGGUAUCGAGUCUGAUGGUCUCUUUACCUUCGCAGAGCAGCAAGAGAUCGCUGCCGGUAUUCCCGAUUCCCGCCUGAAGCGCAUCGACAGCCCUGAGGGUCACGAUGCAUUCCUGCUGCAGUUUGAGCAGGUCAACCGCCACAUUGUUGAUUUCUUCCACGAGGUUCUACCCGACAUCAUGUCGAAGUCGAACACUGACGGUGCCGCGGCCGUCGCAAGUGUCAAGAAGCUGACGAAGAGCAGCACUUUCGGCGAGGCUGAGGUGGAGGAUAUCACCGCUUGGUAAAGCGUUGGUUUACUCAUAUAGUAUUGUUAGGCGCAGUGUUUUCUGCAGCCAUCCCAUGACUCCACUCUGGGCCCCUAUUCCCGCCUGUCUCUCUCUUCAUCAACUCUGAGAGAAGAUUCGGUGGGAUCCGCGCCCUGGUGGAUGCCAUGGCACUGGGGAAGUAGGUUGCCGUUCUUUUUCCGUUCCGCCAGUCAGGGAGAUGAGCAUCCAACUGCCUCUCCCGUCUCUCACUUGGUUUUGUCCUUGUCCGAGAAGACUGUCAAAGAAGCAUCCAACUGCUCUCCAUCAGACCCGCCCUCUGGGUCAAUUUUCUCCGGGAGGAGACCUCCGGGGGUGAUGGGUCAAUUUUCGAUUCGAUAGCCAUAGGCUAUCCUCGCGACACAUGUCGCACAAUAUACAUAAAAAUUCACAAAUUGGG